AGCAUGUGACUUCCUAUUUCUCAUGCAAGGGUCUAGUGGCUGCUACCCGUGAUCGGAAGCUGAAUACGUUUAUACAAGUCUCAGUGGUACAUCCAGCAGAGCACAUUUUGACGAGGUAUUCAAGCACUGAAAUCGUGGAGGGAACAAGAGAUCCACUGUUUUUGACUGGUGUGACAUUCCCACCGGAGUACCCCAUCUAUGAGGAGACGAAAAUAAAACUAACGGUCUACGAUGUCAAAGAUAAAUCUCAAGACACGGUCCGCACCAGUGUCCUACCUGAUCACAAGGAGCCCAGAGCAUGAUGUUGGACGAAGCUUCCUGGGCUGUGCAACUUUUAGAGUAGGAGACUUGGUGAAGUCAAAGGAGCAACAGCUGACCCUUACCCUCAGAUUUCUUUCCAGAACUUCUGAUGGUGGGAAGACAGUUGGUACCAUUGAAGUCAACCUUGUGAAGAUGGGAGAGUUCGAAGAUGGGGAAAUGGACCACAUCACAACGGAUGCACAGGAUCAAAAGUUCCUCUGUUUUCUGCCCUUGAAGUCCUGUUCAUGUGGAUUUCUAAGUGCAACCUGUGCCCACAAUACUGAAAACCUGGAAAGAAUGACAGACAGGCGAGCCAAAGAAGAGUGUGCAUUGGUUCGUGAGUGUACAGCCCCUGAAGGCCUAAGUGGCAAAGACAACUUGCCUUCUUUAAAUGCAGUGUUAAAAAAUCCUAUCUGUAAGUUGUAUAGAUUCCCUACUUCUGACAACAAGUGGAUGAGGAUCCGUGAACAGAUGGCUGAGACUACUCUCUCUUUCCAUGUUCCUAAAGAACUGAUCAAUCUGCACAUAAAGGAGGAUAUGAGAAGGAAUCAGGAACUUAAAGACUUGGGAGAACUUGCUCCUCACUGGGACAAUAUGCGUAAAAGUGUUAUUGCACACUGUGAUCAGAUGCUGAGCAUGUAUCAGGAUACUCUUGCAGAGCUUGGGAAGCAUACAGGUUCUUCCUUCAAAUCAAGCUGUAGCAAAGGAGAAAAAACAUUGGAAUUCAUCCCAAUAAAUCUCCAUUUGCAAAGAAUGCACGUGCAUAGUCCGCGAUUGAAAGAUGCUUUGUAUGAUGUAAUCACCGUGGGAGCCCCAGCAGCACAUUUCCAGGGAUUUAAGAAUGGUGGUCUCCGAAAACUGCUGAGUAAAUUUGAGGCAGAAAGGCGAAAUACUGGAUACCAGUGUAUUUACUAUUCACCUGAAAACACAGCCAAGGCAAAAGAAGUUCUCAGCAACAUCAAUCAUCUACAACCUCUCAUAUCAAGCCAUGCAGACCUGCUGCUUAAUUCUGCAAGCCAGCAUUCUCCAGACAGCUUGAAGAACUCUUUAAAGAUGCUUUCAGAAAAAACAGAGUUAUUUGUGCACGCGUUUAAGGAUCAGCUGGUCAGAAGUGCCCUUUUAGCACUAUACACAGCCCGACCCGGCUGUGUCCUCAAGAAACCAGCUGUGCCUAGAAGCAGUGCAGAAGAGAGCGAUGACCUAAAGCAUCAGGAUCAUCCUUCUCAGAUUAAAAGACAGGACUCUAUACCCCAUCAUUCUGAGUAUGAUGAAGAAGAGUGGGACAGGGUGUGGGCCAACGUUGGGAAGAGUUUAAACUGUGUUAUUGCCAUGGUGGACAGACUGCUUGAAAAAGACAACAGCAGCAAAACUAAAGAAGGUGAAAGCGACCCUUCAGCAGCAGAUUGCAAGGUGUUGCAUGCAGGUGGUGACUGGUAUGAACAACUUUAUCCCUUGGUGAUUACGCUGAAGGACUGCAUGGGAGAGGUGGUGACCAGAGCGAAGCAGUCAAUGGCGUUUGUCCUGCUCCAGGAACUUGCCUGUGGCUUGCCACAAUGUUUGAUGCUGACGCUGAGGAGAGACAUUGUCUUCAGUCAAGCACUUGCUGGAUUGGUCUGUGGGUUUAUAAUCAAAUUGCACACGAGUUUACACGAUCAAGGAUUUUUACAACAGCUUCAUACUGUUGGGUUACUUGUGCAAUAUGAAGGACUCCUUAGCACAUAUAGUGAAGAAGCGGGGAUGCUAGAAGACAUGGCUGUGGGAAUUUCAGAUUUGCAGAAAGUGAUGUUUAAAGUCAUUGAAGCCAAAUCAGAAGAUUUUUUGCCUAUUAUAACUGGAAGGCGUGAACAUUAUGUUAUAGAGGUCCAGCUUCCAGCAAAGAUGUUUGAGCUGCUGCCACAAGAGAUUAAAGAAGGAAAGCUACUUCGCAUGUAUCCAGUACUUUUUAAUGUUGGAAUCAAUGAACAGCAAACACUUGCAGAGAGGUUUGGAGAUACCACUUUGCAAGAAAACAUUAACCAGGAAAACCUAGAACUUCUAAAAGAAUAUUACAACUUGUUUACGGAAAAAAUGCCUCCUGACUGCCUCCCGCAUUUUCAAGAACAAAAUGAUUUAAAGGGAUUAUUAGAAAAUCUUCAUCAAAAUAUCCAGGCCAAGAGGAGAAAGAAUGUAGAAAUCAUGUGGCUGGCUGCAACGAUUUGCCGCAAGCUGAAUGGUGUCCGUUUCACCUGUUGCAAAAGUGCCAAAGACCGGACAUCCAUGUCAGUGACACUGGAGCAGUGCUCCAUCUUGAGGGAUGAGCAUCAGCUUCACAAAGAUUUCUUUAUUCGGGCACUGGAUUGCAUGAGAAGAGAAGGAUGCCGCAUAGAGAAUGUACUGAAGAAUGUCAAAUGCAGAAAGUAUGCAUUCAACAUGAUACAGCUGAUGGCUUUCCCAAAGUACUACAGACCUCCAGAAGGGACAUAUGGAAAAGCUGACACCUAAGUUUAACAAAUAUGUAAUCAGGAACAUACACGAUGCUCAUUAGUGAAUAUAAAAAUUGCUGUUUAUGAUUUAUUACUUGGGAAUGUGUAACCAGUUGAGGUGUUAUUUUUAUCAGGUUUAACAUUUUACAUGAAAAUAACUACAGUUAGUCAUCAAGAAAUAAAAUAUAAAAUAUUAGUGAACUGAAUAUUCUCAAAACCUAAUAUAUUCAACUUUUCCUUCUGAAGUUGAAGCUUAGUAUGAUUCAUCAACCAGCUGGAAUUAGGUUGUUGGACAGUUUGACAGCAGAUUGAAAAGGGAAAUGCCAUUUGCAUUAUGAACUGAUGUUAUCAGUCUGGAGGGUGGCAUUCUGUCUCUGAACCAAAACCCAAGAUUUGAGUUAAGGGGUCUCUUCCUGUCAGAAAUAGUGUUUUCUGGAACCAGCGCAGCACUGAGGUCUUGAUCACGAAUAAUUAAAUCCUUCUAGAAUUGUUUAUGAAAGAUGCAAAUAUUAAUACCUGGCCUAAAUAUAAUUUUAGUCAUUACAUUUAGCUUCCUUACAUACGCAUGGUAACUUCACAAUAUAUUUUCAGUAAUUACAGCCUGUAAUUUUGGUAAUUCUGUUCUCGUUCCCUGCAGUUCAUUUGAAUGUAUCAUUCUCAGCUUUCUGCACCUGAGCCAAAUACCACUUAUUUCACUUUCUCUUACACAUAAAUCAUGUUGAAAUCAGGGGGAAUAAUUCUUCAUGUAAGGUGACCUGAAUAUGACCUAUCAUGUUCCUGCUUACAGUAAACUCUUAAAACUAAAUUUUCUUUAGUGGUAGGUAAAAUGAUUUGUAUAUAUAGGAGUUCAUGUAUCUUUAGGCUAUAAAAAACAUGCAUGUUUUUAUGUAGCCUGAGAUAAAUGUUAUAAUUAGAGUAACCUGCUGUAUUAGGACUAGUUAGCUACCACUGAUUUAUAUAAAAUUUGUAAUGCUCUGUGUAGCACUCCAGGAUAAAGAACAACUAUCAGCUUUAAAAAAGAAUGUUAAUGCUUCUGCUAGCUUGUGUUAGUUCUGAAAUUUGUCUUGCAAAGAACAUUUGUGUUUUCUAAUUGUAUCUAUUUAUUGCUGCCUUCUGCCCUGCAGAGAGAAAUAGUUAACAAAAAAAACGAGUUUUCAAUGGUUACUGACCUUUAUGUAAUGCAUUCCUUUGAGAAAAAAAAAAAAAUCUAAAGCAGAAAUAUGAGAGUUUUACCCAAAUGAAAACUGCAUUGGGAACUUGGAUAGCUGUAGGAAAUUGUAGUUGCUAUGGAUAAAGAGGUUAAUGUUUAUUUGCUCCUACAGAAGACAAAGAAAUCUUGAGGCACGGUGAAUUAUAAUUUGUUCUUUUUAAUCUAUUAACACCCAUUAUUGGGUAUAAAUCUAUAACUGUGCUAGUAAAAAUACUUAUUUAAGCACCUGAUCUUGCAAACUCUAAUUGGGUGGUUACUUAGAAAUGAUCUAUCAUGUGAAUAGCAUUAAACCCAUCUUAUGUAUUUUUAAGAUAAGGCUUUGGGGCACGUAGGAGAACCUCAGGAAGAGAUCCUCAUUUCAAUAGUCAUUGACUUCAGUGAAGACAGGAAUUCAACUAUACCAACAUAUUUAACUGAUUGGAACAUUUUUCCAAAGUGAAGUAGGUCAUUUGUGGUCACAGGUGGUUUGUUGCAUUUGUUUAUUUGUAUUGUAUGUCUCCAUUUUUAGAAUGUUCUAUCAUGAUUGACUCUGUUCUUUGAGAAUGUAUUAUUUCAGCAGUAGAUGUCAGAAGAGUUGGCAUUGCAUCAUAGAUAUUCUCAGGCAGAUGAGAAUAUAAUGCAUUGAUUUUUCCUGUCAUGUAUCAGUAGAAGUAGUAACUGCUCAGUGGGUGGGUGGAUGUGUGCAUAAAUUGUGCGUUUAAAUGUUACGCAGCUUAUCUGUAUGAAAUUUUAUUUGCAGGUUGAUGGAACAUAAGUCUACCUAGGAAAGUAAUGUUCUGUUCUGUCAGUCUGAUUGCUGCACUAGCCCCCACUUUCCUUUCUGCCAUGUUUAUUAUUAUUAUUAAAUUAGGGAAACUUUACAUGUACAGUUUAGAAAUAAUGGUAAAUUCCUUACACACCUCUGAAAUAAUUGCAAAUAUAUAAUAGAGAAUGCUGGCCUUUCUUACAGUAAUUCCAAAAUAAUCUGUAAAGUUCUGUGUGGGAACAAUAUUCACUGAUGGGUUCACUAUAGGUUCUUAUAGUUCUUUAUCUCAGCCCCAUGGGCAUUCUGUCAAGUUCAAAAUAUAAACCACGCUAGGGUUCUAAAUUACCAUUGUGACUCUCAUGUUACCUUUAUAUUUAAAAUGUUUUCAGUAGUAGAGCCACAUUAAAAAAACAAAACAAAACAAAAAAAAAACUGAAAAAAACACAUUAGAUCACUGUCCUUUUUAACAGUAACACUCAGCAUAUUCUUGUGAAAUUAAAUCUGUUAUUUGUUAAAGAUGAUUAGGAAAAAAAAUGAAAUUAGUGUACUGCAGUAAAAUUUCAUUGGGCUCGGACCAUUACAAAAGAGUAGGUUGGAUUUUGUCUUAAAUAAGACUGAACUUUUUCAUGCCAGUUUUUUCAUUGGAAUGUCUUUUUAAAACCUAACACAGUUCCAAGUGUACUAGAAGAGUUUUGUUGCUUCAGUAGUGUAACAGGCUCAAAUAUUCCUCUGCUCUAUCAUUGCUUGCUAUGGGCCUAUAUAACUUUAUGCAGGCAGAGGUUUUCUCACCAAAACUGAGUUGUCAAUCACAGAUUCAAAACUUUUUUUUUUUUUUCUGGUUUGCCUAUUAUAAUGAAACAAAGAUUUGUUUUUGUUUUUGCUGCGGGUUGAUAGUUACUUUAAUUCAAGUUAUAAGCACUCUGCAGAAGACACUUCAACCCCUGUCUAUCAUUUGAAUGCCCAACAGAGGAGUUGAAUCAUCACCUGAGGCCUUGCGUAUGUCCUUGUAGAUCACUGCGAGUAUCAGUGGAGUAAAAUUAAGCAAAUUUCUAUUAGCAAUAUGCACCAUUUGUUUGCAGAGGUUUAGGGGAAACAUACUGAUCUUAGCAGCAUAUGCAUGGAAAGUGUUCCAUAUCAGCUACCUUUUAAAGAUUUGUAAGAUCUCUUUUGAUGGGAGAGCAAUUUUCAAGGGCUAGAAGACGAACGAUCAAAAAUAUAUCUGCAUCUAAAGCCAAAUCUUGUCUUAUUCAUGGAAAGUAUUACUUGUAGAACUAAGGUCAUCAGGAACUGCCUCAAAGAAACAUGAAAUGAGAGCUACCAACUUUGAAUAUUUGUACAAUGCAUUACAUAUUUAUUGUUUUUGUACCACAGGCUAGCAUCUAAACAGAGCGCUGGUAUAAAAUGUCUGAAAAAAAAUAAGAAAUGGAAAGUUGAAGUGUUUUGUUUUGUUUUUUUUCCUCAGAGAUAAUUAUAAUACUGCUAUAAUUAAUAUGUAGCAUGUACAGGCCUGACAUUACUAAGCAGGUGGGUCUUUUUUCUUCUGAAGUUUUCUUUUGGGGAAUUUGAAAUAUGUUCUUAUUAAUGUUUAUAUUUUAGCUUUUAUGGAGCAAUUAGGAAAUAGAUUUUUAAUUGUUAUCUGAUUUUGUCUGUGUGAACUUGCAUAUUUUGCUGGAAUGGUUGCAAUAUAUGUGUUACAAAGAAAAAAUAUGAGGACAACUGAAAGUAAAUAUUAACUGGAAAGGAACCUUAAUGGAAUCCUUUGCAAUGUUAAUUUUGCACUGCCCGAAUUCUGGCUUUUUGUAAUUUAAAUACGAAAUUAACAAACAGUUUGUGUCUAAAACAAUCAAAUUGGAUGAAAAUUCACCUGGUUUAAGUGGUUUAAAAUGUAAUGGUAUUUUAAAUCAUAUCUAAAUAUUUAGGUGCAAAAUGGAAUGUAUCAUUUUGAAGCCCACCGUUUAAUACACCUAUUAUGAUUUUCAGAAAAUAAGCUUAAUGUUAUUUCUAGCUUUUACACAAGUUUCAGGAAAUCUUAUGGUCAGCUUAUAACAAGCAGGAAGUGCAAUGAACAGCAACAGGUGUGAUAAAUUGCAUUAAUGACCAUGCAGCAAAAUGAGUUGUGUGAAUUAAUGUAUGUAAUCAGUUAAUGAACUUAAACAUAUAUAUUGUGUCAGUUGGCUACAUUGUAAACUUGAAACCAAUGAUGUCUCUAUUUAUGCUUUUUUAUUGUAAAGAGGAAUUGUGCUGUACAGGCAGUACCCCAUCUGUGAAUUUGCAUCUCACUUAUUUGCAGCUUAAAAGCAGAUGUUUACAAUCAAAGCUCUUAACAUAAUUUACUGUUCUUUAAAAUACGAACUUACCUUGUAAAUUGCAUGUUAAAAAGCAAAAAAUCACGGAACUGCAUUUAAAAAAAAAAAAGCUCCUGGACUUCAGUUUCUAUAACAUAGUUUUUUUUCCUUAGUCAUGCAACACAUUGUCAGUUCUGUUGCCAGAACAGUCAGCUUACACUCAGCAGCACUCAAACGUUUUUCCCACUCUGUUAUCUGAAUAACACAAUAAAUUUCAUCAUAAUGCUCAUGAUCCAAAAUGAAGAAAAAAAAAAAAAGACUUAAUAGUUCAGAGUAAGUCAAAGAGAUAGAAGGAAUUUGUGAACCAAUAUAUCCAUAUGCCAAAAAGCUGAAGCAUAAAGCUUGGAGUUUAUGUGCUGACAAGGAGCAUGAGUUACGGUAGAAAUCUGAGUGUAAUGGUUGAUUGCUCAGAAUCUGUGGGGUUUGGAGUGGUGGGAUUUGGGUGAUGCUGCUGUAACUUAUAUCUCUAACUAUUCACAGUGGUGUUGUGUACACUUUCCAUCUGUCAUGCAAAGUGCUAUAAAAGUUUUCAGCAAUUCUCUGUUGUUUAUGAAAGGUCUGACAUCAAAAAUUCUAAAAUCCCGAGUUACUUUGGUACUUGUUUUCAUUGGUGUAGCUAUUCCUUGUAAUGUUCCUGUCUCACUCUGGAGCACAUGGGGCUAUGUAUAAGUAACAUUAAUUGGACUUCAGUUUAUGUUCUGUGAUUGUUCAGAGAAAUGAAGCACAACUAAGCAAUUCAAUUCUUUUUAUACUUCAGGAUUUAGCAUUUUUGUUUCAUUGCUGUCUGUAAGCCAUGCCCAUUGUACACUAUGUGUAUAUUUUUAUUUAAAUAAAUGUGAUGUUUAUUUUU